AUGAGGGAGAAACGCACAUCUCCGUUAAAAAAACGCCGAAAACGAACGAAUCUUGACCUACAACAGAGACAAGUUUUGGAUAUUGUUUUCAAAAUGAAUCCCCGUCCUAGUCACGAACAUAUGGCUGAGCUAGCUGAUCAGUUGAAGUUGGAAAGAGAUGUGGUGCGCGUUUGGUUCUGCAAUCGGCGUCAGAAAAUGCGAAAAGUGGAUGAUGUGCCUGGAGGAUUCGAUCCAUCAAUGAUUCAAUCACUAUUCUCAAGCGUAAACCAAUCGGCGAUAUCACCAAAAAGAGAGGGAUCAGAAUCGCCGGGUUUAGAGAUCGAUGAAGCUGAUGAUGGU